UCUAUACAAUUCAGUAUAUCUAGUGACUAAAUCAGUAUACAAGUUAAGUAAACUACUUAACUUACUUUACUUUACUUUAAUUUACGUUGGUCGGGUAAAAUAGACUUUCACCCCUAGUGGUAAGACUAGGAAUCGUCUACUGGCUCUCUCUCAGUCUUAUGGCGAAGAUAGCGGUCUUUACUCCGUAGUCUGUGGUUGAAGUUUGUGUUGGCGGUAUACGGUACGCGUACGCGAUUUAGAUUUCGCAGAAUCAUGAAGCUACAAUGAUGUUAAAUUUAUUUUAGUUCUUUCGUCACCCACGCGUUUAAAACCUAUGUGCAAUUCUGUUCAAGUGCUUUAGAUGAUUUUACUUCUCUUUGACUAUUAAAUAUUUUAGUAUCUUAUAACUACACAACAGCUCCUUGCUAGUAUUGAUGACAUUAUUUGAAAUCAAUAUGUCUCGCAACUUGCCAGCUGUAAAAAGUUGUAACAGUCUUGUAUUUUUUGACCUUGAAACGACGGGACUUCCUGCUUUUCAUUCACCAAAAAUAACAGAACUGUCCUUCUGUGCUGUUGAAAGAAAUCAAUUUCUUCAUGGUCAACCCAAACAAGUACCACGUGUGACCAACCGCUUGAAUCUUUGCAUUUACCCCUCAAGACUUGUUGAUCCAGAGGCUACUAACAAAACCAAACUUGACAACUAUAACUUGGAACACCAAAGUAAAUUUGAUGAAGAUGUCUUUAGUGUUAUCUUCAGUUUCUUGAACAGGUUGAAGAAACCCAUCUGCCUUAUUGCUCAUAAUGGAUUUCGUUUUGAUUUUCCUAUUCUGAGGUCAGAGAUAGCAAAAUUAGAAAAGGAGUUACCAGAGGAAAUUUUUUGUGCAGAUUCCCUUCUCAUAUUUCGUAAGUUGCAGCGUCCUUCGCCAAAUUCCGAAUUCGUCAUCGAAGACAUUACAAUAUCCACCGUCGAGUUCCCGCUUGUGCCAACCCCUGUUAACCCUUUUCAACUUAUCAAUGAAAAAACGCCUGAAAAAAAGAAACCUAACGAGCUAAAUCUGACGAGAAAUACUGAAGUAAAGUGCAGAAAACGCUUAACUUUCCGAUUGGAGGACGUGUAUGAAAGAGUUUACGGCCAAAAGCCAGCAACAUCGCAUGUUGCUGAAGCCGACGUUAUUGCUCUUCUUUUAUCGGCUGUAGCAACUCCUAUCGAAUUUUUGAACGCCGUUGAUUGUGACUCGGUUCCGUUCACGAGCAUUAAGAAGUGUUGGUAAUCCAAUGCCUUGAUUCCAUAGGUGUUUUUGACAAACCACUUUUACAAAUUCAAUUUAUUUUUCCCUUUUGACUAACCUUGACUUGCAUGAACAUUUUAUGACUAUUAUAUCUAUUCUCAUCCCGUACUACGGAUGUGGCGAGGAAAGAAAUAACAAUCUCACAGUUGACGGUUUUUGGGGGUAGUUUUGAUAUCAAACGCUAUUGUUGCGAUAACCUUCCCUGUUUAAUGUGAAAUUAUUUUGCAGUGAAUACAGGUGACUAUUCGAUCGAA